AUGUUUGUAUCGCGUAUUUUCCUAUCUGGAUUACAAAAAUAUCAACAUUCCUUUCAAUUAUCAUGUUCCCGGUGUUUCGCAUCAGAUGCUUCACGGUCACCAUCAAUAAAAAUUCAUGAAAACAAUCUUAAUUCGACUUCCAAUGAUCAAAAAUCAGCAACGGAUACUUCUAAUCAGAAUGAAUGGCUAUGGAGUUAUUUAAGAGAUCGAAAAAAUUUUUCAGAUCUUAGUGAAGAACAAAGACGAAGUGUUAUUGAAAUAGAAAUUCAAACAUUGAGAGAAAGUGGUGAUCGUGUACCAGAAAUUAUACCCGACGAACGAUGGAUUGAACUAUUAAAAUUACCUUCAACUGAAUCUCGAAAAAAGUUAUACGGAUAUCUUUUCCUCCGUGAACUUAAUCGUAAACAUCGUGCGGCAACAGUUGCUUUGAAUGAUAUUCGCCGUGCUGAAUCUGCCAAACGUCGUGCAGCAUUGCUUUCGGAAGGAAGACCGCCAACAAAUUAUCCCGGUUAUUCAUCAAUGUUUCGUCAUACAGGACGGCACACUGAAAAAUAUAUCCGCGAACAAUUAAUGUUUGCACCAGCGCGACUCGGUGAAAUGCUUGUUAUUGAUUGUGGUUUUGAGCAAGAUCAUGCGCACGAGUAUUAUUUAUCAAAUUUAGUUGAUCAAAUUCAAUAUAUAUUUGCUGAUAUAACUCGUUACCAUUCGCCGUCAUUUGUUUAUUUAACUAAUCUAACGCCCCAUGGACGAUUGCAAACAGAAUUCAGUCGUCGUGCAUCGUUAGAAAAUAUGUGUUUCGAAGUUACAGAAUCAAGUUAUUUAGAUUUAUUUCCACAUGAUAAACUUAUUUAUCUAUCACCGGAUUCGAAUUUUGAAAUGACAUCAUUCGACCAUGAAGCUAUUUAUAUUAUUGGUGGAAUCGCUGAUCGUACUGGUAAAAAACCGUUGACAUUCGGUAAGGCAAAACGUGAUAAUGUAAAACAUCAGCACUUUCCUAUUGAUCGAUAUGUCAAAUUUGGCAGUGGUAGUGGCAAGUCAUUAACAAUAGAUCAAGUGUACAAUAUUUUAAUGACUUUAAAACAUACUGGAUCUUGGGUAGAAGCAUUUAAAUAUAUUCCUGAUCGAAAAGUUGCUGAACGAUAUGCAGAAAAAAAGGAAUCAAAGCCAUAUGAUCGUGAAAAAUACGUCCGGGGACCCUAG